GUCUGACAGGCACUUUUGACGUAAAUGCAUGGAAGUCGAUUGUUUUUAGAUAACAUUUUUUUACCUUAACCGUUCCGCGUUAUAUAUUCUUUUUAUUUUUUGAUGCAGUGAUACAUUUUGAGGCUUCAAGCCUCCACAAUUAUGGUUCUCAACGCCGCUGUACAGAUGUUGAGGGAGGCGGAGGAGCUAAAGCAAAACAUUUUGAAAUUCAAAAGUGAGACAUCCAUGCUGCAGGAGCGUAACCUUUGGGCACUGCAGCAACAGCUUCAAAAGAUCUACCAAAAGGUCCUGGUCCUGGAUCUGGACUAUGCUCUGGAUAAGAAGGUCGAGCAGGAUCUUUGGAAUGUCGGCUUCAAGCAGCAGAUUGAGGCUCUGCAGGCGAUUUCUAAAGAUAGAAAGAACCCGCUUCGGAGUGAGGGAGCCGCCAUGCUGUCAUGGGUGCUUCAAGCGGCAGCCGGCUUCUACCUGUGUCUGUUGCACCAGAUAUGCACUGUUUUUAAACUGGACCUGCCCUUCAGACGUCGUGCCUCCCUUCUCGGCUGGGUGGAGGGCUGGAGCCCCGCCCCCGCCCCCGCGGGCCCCAAGCUCCCUCCCCCCGCUGCGGCGCGCUACAUAUGCCAGCACUGCCUAGUGCAUCUAGGUGACCUGGCGCGAUACAGGCAGCAGCCUAGGGUGGCUUAUACUUUCUACAGGCACGCGCUGGUGGUCUCCCCCCACUCCGGGCAGCCGUACAACCAGCUGGCGCUGCUGGCGCGUCGUCGCGGGCGCCGCCUGGGCGCCAUCUACUGGCACGUGCGCGCCAUCCUGGUGCGAGCGCCGUUCCCGCCGGCGCCCAUCAACCUCGCCAGGACACUGCAGGACGCCGCUGGCCAAGUAGCACCGCCAGCGCCGGCCCUCCUCCCCAUCCGCGCUACAUCCGCUCCCUCAUUCGCCCCGCCGCGUGACGCGCACGCAUACGUCACGCUGUUAAUACGCGCCGUGCACGACAUACACACAGGAGAGAGAUUGGAAGUAGCCGAUCAAUUAGUAGAGACCCUAAACACGUCUCUCACGUCUCUGGUGGCCACCGACAGUUUUGAGUCCAUGACUUUGACAAAGAUGGUUUGCGUCAUAAUAUGGCUAGUCCACACAACAACGGACGAGCUGACGGCCACGGAGCAAGCGUUAAGCGAGAGCGAAUCCACAGCCGCAUCGCUGAGCCAAACGCUGGCUGUGGGCACGCUUCUGGCGCUCUUACUGCCGUCACAUACGGCUGAGACCCCUUUAAACCGGGCGCUGCCUGCACUGAAAGUGUGCCUAGAAUGGGUACUGCAGUACCCACAGCUGGUCCACUCGGCGCCGUUCGCUGCGCGACCGCAGCUCUGGCACGCGCUCGCGCACACCCUCAACAAGCUACCCAACGGGGACUGCGACAAAUAUGACACCGUACCCCUGCCCGAAGACGAAGAGCUCCACGGUUUUCAACCCCUGGAGCGGUCGAUGGAGCACCUCGAGUUCCGUCACCACGCCGCUUGGGACACGUACGGGCGCAGCGUCCCUGAUGUUGAAGAGGAGAAACCACUGGACCAGGAUAUGCCCCACCCGUCCGUGGUGUCUCCAGACUGCCUAAGCAACGACCCCGAGCUAGAAGCCCGUGUCAGGGCCAACCGUCUGGUCGCACUCGGGUCGCGGCUCGCCGCCAUUGCUCCCGAACAAUUCUCUGUCUCCAUCGAAGACAACACAACAACGUUCACGGCGUUGUGUCGCGGCGGCGAGUUGACGCGCGUUGACGCGUUGCGACGCGCGUCGUUGGACGCACCGCCGCCUGUCGUCAUCUCAGAAGCUGAUUUUAGGGAGAAAGUGCGGGACCAGCGCGUGGGCAUUUUGAAGCCGCAAGGAUCACUGGAGCGGGCGCGGGAGGAGCGCGCCAUGGCGACCGUCGGUGACCAGGCACAAGAAUUCGCCGCCUCCAAAGAAUGUGCCGAAGAUAAGAGGGAGGGCCGACGGCCGCGCGUCAACAUCGCCAUGGCAGCGAUCCUACGCAAGCAGGAGGAGUCUUGCAAGCAAGUGAAGUUUAAAACACCUCCUCCGGUCGCGGAGGAGACAGAACCAGACGUCGACAAAGACGCUGCCGCCGACACCUCUCUCUUAGAGCGCCCCAAAAACAUGCAACCAAGGCCCCAAAAAUCCCUAGCCCAGAUCCCCGUUGGCAGAAAAACUGGCGGCAUUCUCGCCCUAAAAGAUAAAUCAGGAUACCCCCAUUUAGUCGAUAUACCCCCAGAGCCCAAGCCGAAAGAGAAACAGCCUGAGAAAGAUCCGAAAGUCAUCCAACCCCCUACCCAGAAAAAUCAAGGCAAGUGGAACCAGUACGAACAGCGGGCUGGACAGAGAAACUACGGAUUGCAAAGCGCCGGCAUCAGCUACAAUCCUCAAUAUAGUCCGCAAGCUAAUAUAAGGUUGCCUGUAGUCAACCCGAAAGAGAUAGAUGUUCGUUCCGCGGCGCUGCAGAAGCAAAACUCGCGCGCUGACUCAAGAGACAAAGGGUACAUGAGUAACGAUAAACGGCAGUUCCUCAACGAUCUACCUCCUCGCUUCGCCAACCAACGCUGGGCUCAAGAAGAGGAGAACAAGUUUAGAGACGACGAUUUCAGAGUCCAAAAUGUCCCAUUAGAAGCGAACCUUUUCAAUCAGCCCCCAAAUUGGCUCGGUAUGCCACCGCCUUUGCUCCCAUCCCAACUAGCUUCCAUUCAACCUCCUCCUAUGCCCCAAAUGGGGCAUAUACCCAGUCAAAGACCGGGACAGAUAGGACAGAUGUCCCACCCGAAUCAAAUGCAGUAUCCACCACCUGUGUCCAAUUUAAUUCCUAAUUUUUGGAAUUCAGAUUAUCCACAGACUUCGAAUGGGAAUCUAACUCAAUUCUACCCGAACACAUUCGGGCAACUCACUCAGAUACCUCAGACACGUAAGCCGGAUCAGAACUUCAUCAGACCAACUGCUAUAGGUCAAAUGCCUAGACACAUUUCGCCACCAGGCUACAGUAUGCCCGGUCUAGGUUUCUUUGACCAGUACAAUCAAAUCCAGCAAACAAGGAGCUACCUUGAUGAUGGGUCGUUCCAAAGUAACAGAAGUUUCCUAGAAGAAAAAACCUACCAGCCUCUGGACAUGGGGAGGCAUGGGCCGCUGGAUCUGAGUGGCCCCCUACCAGGGUACGAGAGACGCAUGGAAGACAGACCGCAGGAGGUCCAAGAGACUCCGAGUCCUCUGAACUUGGCCAUGCCGUUAGAGGACCCAGUCGCAGUGGGCCGCGAUUCCCCCGCGGAGGAUCCCGGCACCUAUUCGCUGUUCAGCGGAGCGCCCGGGGCCGUGUCUUGGGGUAACGUUACGCAGAACCAGCCGGGCUCCCCCGAUUGGAUGAUCCCGCCCUAUGAGCCCUGGGAGCCUUUCUCCCUCCAUCCCCCUUUGCCAGUGGACACCCCAUCCUCGCCGCCCUCAACACGGAGCGCCCGGGCAGGAAAAGUGUCGAAAACAGCAGUGAAUCCACCGCACCCUUAUUUUCGACCAUUCUGAACGUGAGUAUC